GUGCGGGCGGGGAGCUGAGGGCGGCCCACGGGCAGCGCGGCGGGAGCGCGGCGGGGCCUGGCGGGUGCGCGGCGCAGGCGCAGCGCGGGCCCGGGCCGCCAUGCCGACCGUCAGCGUGAAGCGGGAUCUGCUGUUCCGGGCGCUGGGCAGGAGCUACACGGAUGAAGAAUUUGAUGAGCUUUGCUUUGAAUUUGGUUUGGAGCUUGAUGAAAUUACAUCUGAGAAGGACAUUAUAAGUAAGGAAAAAGGUGAAGAAAAGGCAAAAGGUGCAUCUGAUGUCGUUCUCUAUAAAAUUGAUGUUCCUGCCAACCGCUAUGAUCUGCUUUGCCUGGAGGGGUUGGUCCGAGGACUACAGGUCUUUAAGGAAAGGAUAAAUCUCCCUAGGUUUGAAAAGAUAAUACCAGCUGAGGGUGAAGGUCAGAGGCUGAUUAUCACUGAACAGACUGCCCAGAUCCGGCCUCACGCUGUAGCUGCCAUCCUCCGAAAUAUAACUUUUACCAAGGACCGUUACGACAGUUUCAUCGACCUCCAAGAGAAACUACACCAAAAUAUUUGCAGGAAAAGGGCAUUAGUAGCAAUAGGUACCCAUGACUUGGACACCAUCACCGGUCCAUUUACUUUUACAGCCAAAGCACCUUCUGAAAUUAAAUUUAAGCCCCUGAAUCAAUCUCAGGAGUACACAGCCUCACAAAUUAUGGAUCUGUAUAGGACUGACAGCCACCUUCGGCACUAUUUGCACCUGAUUGAAAACAAGCCACGUUAUCCUGUCAUUUAUGACAGCAAUGGGGUUGUUCUGUCCAUGCCACCCAUCAUCAAUGGAGAUCAUACAAAAAUAAGCCUAAAUACCAGAAAUGUGUUUAUUGAAUGUACAGGCACAGAUAUUACAAAGGCAAAAAUUGUUCUUGAUAUUAUAGUCACGAUGUUCAGUGAGUAUUGUGAGAAGCCAUACACUGUUGAAGCAGUAGAAGUGGUUUAUCCCAAUGGGAAGACCCACAUCUAUCCGGAGCUGGCUUAUCGGACAGAGAAAGUGAAACCUGAAUACAUUAACAAGAAAGUAGGAAUCAGUGAAACUCCAUCAAGCCUGGCAAAGCUGCUGACUAGGAUGUGUUUGAAGUCACACGUCACAGGGAAUGGGAACCAUCUAGAGAUUGAAAUCCCUCCUACCAGAGCAGACGUUAUCCAUGCCUGUGAUAUCGUAGAAGAUGCAGCAAUAGCUUAUGGUUAUAACAACAUUCAGAUGGUGAUUCCGAAAACGUACACCAUAGCUAAUCAACUUCCCCUCAAUAAGCUCACAGAACUUCUGAGACUGGACUUGGCAGCUGCUGGAUUCACUGAAGCACUCACUUUUGCCCUGUGUUCCCAAGAAGAUAUUGCAGAUAAACUUGGCACAGACAUCUCUGCAACAAACGCUGUGCACAUAGCAAACCCCAAAACAGCAGAAUUUCAGGUGGCACGGACAACCCUCCUUCCUGGGCUGCUGAAAACUAUUGCUGCCAACAGAAAGAUGCCCUUGCCUCUCAAACUCUUUGAGAUUUCUGACAUUGUAGUAAAAGAUCCUAAUACAGGAAUGUAAUUGAUAUUCUUAUCAGGGAUGUAUCUCCUGAAAGAAACUACCUGCUCAUCAUGUUUGCAAGUGGCACAACCCCUGGGAUGCAGAAAUACCGAAGGCAUGCUGCUGUUACAGUUCUAGAGCCUGUUUAUACCACUGCAGUCUCAGUGAUGUGCAGAGCUGUGCCAGCUGCUAGAAAGCAGAAUGUCUCAAGCCUGGGAAGAGCAGCUUUUAUUUAUAGGCAGAUUCUAUCCCAGAGAGAUUUUGGGGUCAGUGUGUCUCAACAUGAGUCCCUUUUCUAUCAUCUUUAAACAGGAUUUCUUGUAUUUGUUCUCCCAGAUUAUUUUCUGGGAAGUUGAUAACCGAUAUGAAGAAUGAGAUUGGUAGCAGAGAUACAGGGUUGAGAAUGGAGCAAGUCUGUGUAAAAAACUGUAUCCAUAAAUAAAAAGCUCCACA